GGCCGCGGCCAUGCCCAUGCCCCAGCGGCGCCGCCACCACCAACAAUAGUGCGCGGCGGCGGCGGGGCGGCGGCCAUCGCGGGCGGGGAGCGGCGGGCAGCGCCGCGCGGAGCCUCCCGCCCCAUGGAGGGGCCGUACUCGCUGGGGGUGAGCGUGUACUCCGACCAGGGCGGCAGGAAAUACAUGGAGGACGUGACCCAGAUCGUGGUGGAGCCCGAGCCGCCGGCCGCGGCCGAGCGGGGCCCCGCGCACAAAGGCGGAGCGGCGGCCGGAGACGGCGUUCGGCGGAGGGCGGGCGGCCCGCGGGCGGCGGAGGACGGAGCGCCGCCGCCCGGCCCCGGCUGCGGCUCCGGACGGCGCCCGCGGCGCUCCGUGGCCUUCUUCGCCGUGUGCGACGGGCACGGCGGGCGGGAGGCGGCCCAGUUCGCCCGGGAGAACCUGUGGGGCUUCAUCAAGAAGCAGAAGGGCUUCGGUUCCGCCGAGCCGGCCGCCGUGUGCGCGGCCCUGCGCAAGGGCUUCAUCGCCUGCCACCGCGCCAUGUGGAAAAAGCUGCCAGAGUGGCCAAAGACCAUGACCGGUCUCCCGAGCACGUCGGGAACCACCGCCAGCGUGGUCAUCAUCCGAGGCUCCAAGAUGUUUGUCGCUCAUGUGGGCGACUCCGGGGUGGUGCUGGGAGUCCAGGAUGACCCUAAAGAUGACUUUGUGAGAGCUGUGGAGGUGACGCAGGACCACAAGCCUGAGCUUCCCAAAGAAAGGGAGAGGAUUGAAGGCCUUGGGGGCAGCGUCAUCAACAAGUCUGGUGUGAAUCGUGUUGUCUGGAAGAGACCUCGCCUGACUCACAACGGCCCUGUGCGCCGCAGCACCGUCAUCGACCAGAUUCCCUUCCUGGCCGUGGCCAGAGCGCUGGGUGAUCUGUGGAGCUAUGACUUCUACAGUGGUGAAUUUGUUGUGUCUCCUGAACCUGACACUAGUGUGCACACCAUCGAUCCCCAGAAGCACAAGUACAUCAUCCUUGGCAGUGACGGACUGUGGAACAUGAUCCCACCUCAAGAUGCUAUCUCCAUGUGCCAGGAUCACGAGGAAAAAAAGUACUUCAUGGGUGAGCACCGCCAGUCCUGUGCCAAAAUGCUGGUGAACAGAGCACUGGGCCGGUGGAGGCAGCGCAUGCUUCGUGCAGAUAACACCAGUGCCAUCGUGAUCUGCAUCUCACCAUUGCAGGACAGCAAAAACAACUUGGAAAAUGAAGAAGAACUGUAUCUCAACUUGGCAGAGAGUCCCUGCUAUAGCAGCCCUGAUACAAAUGUCAUGACGCCCUCCCGCUGCUGCACCCCACCUGUCAAGCUUUUAGAGGAUGAUCCAUGGCCACGACUGAAUGCUUCUGAGCCUGUUCCUUCCCUCAUGCACAGCAGCAUGAUCUCAGAAAAAUACGCCGAGCUGCCAAACGAGAUUGCCAAAAGCAAUUUACCUUCAUCAGGAGCGGCCCUGAAGGAUUCAGGUCCACAGGAUGAGAAGUGCAGCAAAGCGCUGGCUUUGAGGAUACAGGAAUCCUACAGUAAUGGUUUGUCAGUCAGUCUGUCCCCAUCCAACUCUACAAAUUCAGGCACGGACCAAAAAGGCUUAAAGGUGUCUCCUAACGGCCAAACAAAAGCCCAAGAUGCGGAGAGGACACCCACAGCAAACUUUAAAAGGACAUUAGAAGAAUCCAAUUCUGGCCCUGCUGUGAAGAAGCCGAGGCGCGGCCUGAGCCGAAACAUGGGUGUCCAAGCAGAGGGCAUAUCCACAACGCCGCAGCGCAAGAACUCAAACAAGCUGGCCAUGCGGCGCAGCCUGCGCGGCCAGAAGAAGCUCAGCAGUUCGCUCUUCCACCCGCCCAGGAAAGCAGUCUGCGUUUGCUGAAGGGCAUUUGUGUAGGGGAAGUGUAUUUUAUUCUGAUGGGAAUUUUAAAGUUGGUGCAGAAGUUUGAAACUCUUCCUGUUUUAUCUUUUUUUAAAGUAGAAACUUUUUUUGGUAUCCAACAGCUUUCUCCCGGCCUUGUACUUGCUUGUAUUAUAACUGUGAAUUUUGUAGAUGUGUAGGGUAUAAGUCACUGUAAAAUGUGUGUAAAUUUGUAUUCCUUCAUAUUAAUGUAGUCUCUUUUUUCUUCCUUGUAUAAUUGUUAAAGCGGGGCUAAACCUUGUUUAAAAAAAAAUAAUAAAGUCUUUUUUGUUAAUUUACUAAAGUCUUGAAUUUGUAUACGCUUCUCGUGAUGGGAAUUUCACAACUUUUUCACUAAAGUAAAUUAUUAAACAGAAUGGAAGAUAUGUAUUUUCAUAGUAUUAUACGUCCCACUGGAGUGUGUCUUUUAGAGAAUACACUAGGUCUAUAUUUUGUUUUUAAAUUUUAGAUUUCUCUACUCAGAAACAUGUGGAAACAGAUGUUGAGUUGUGCUUUAGGCAGCUCGAUGUCCAUUUAUUUGUAAAUUAAAAUACUAUGCAGUAUCUUAUCUAGUUGCAUUUUUGUAACAUUAAUAGUCAAAGUAUUUAGCAAAAAAUAAUCGUGUUUUUAAAACUCCAACUCCCCAGUCAUUCAAUAAAGCCAUUCCCCAUCCCUGCUCUCAGUGGUGGCAUUUCUACUUCAUGUCUGCCCUACAGAGGUUGAGUUCUCUGCUGUUCCAAUACCGAUGGUGCUGCUAUACUUUCAACAAGUUCUUAAGUUAUUUUAUGACAAUUUGAGUAUGUGGACCACGUGUAUGUUCACCUAAAUAAAAAGUGAGAACU